GCUCAGUUUGCCUGUCGACGGCAGCGCGUCGCGACGUCGGCGGGAGAGUCGGAGAGCCACGAUCCGGCAUACGAACAGGUCGGUGUGAGCGACUACCCCAGAGUUUCCUGUUUUUUCAUCGAAGAACAGUUGACUGCCACCUUCAAUCUUCGCAGCGCCAGAAGUGCGUCACCCGUUCAGUCAGCUGCAGCCGCUAACAGGACUGCAAUGACAUGGCGCUGGUCAUGCUGCCGUGCGACCUGCCGUGGUGGCCGACGGUGCAGCGCCACCUGACGCAGCUCGCCCUCGCCCGCACGCCGCAGGAGCUGGUCGAUGGCAUGCAGAAGAUACACACCAUGUGCAAUAUCAGUCUAGAUCCAGACGAAGAGGGCACGGAUGACGGCCUGUUUGAAGGACUGAAAACGUUUCUGGAGGAGGACUUGAGUAUUGAAGAGCAAAAUCAUUUUCUUGGAACAACGGCGCCGGCAAUGGUACAACGAGCUCUUCAACUGAAACAGCUCAAGCCUCCUAGCGGACUACACUUCAGUCUGCAACAGCAAGCGGACAGAGUGGAACUGGACCGUAACUUUGUGGCAUCUCUACUUGCACAUGCAUUCUUCUCAACAUUUCCAAAGAGGACUAGCAAAACCCAUCCCACUCUACAAGAUUCUAACUUCACACACUUUUUCAAGCACUUAAACAAAACCAGUCAGAAGGCAAAACUCAAGAGCAUUCUGCAUUAUUUUGACUCAUUGGAAGGCAAUGGUGUUCCAGAAGGCAAUAUGAUAUUUUCAAGAAUGGUUAUGACAAGCAAAGAGUGGCUAACAAUAGAGGACUGGCUGGAAUGUGGAGUUCCACUUAUUCCUGUAGUAACAAAACAUGAAGGAAGAUUGGAAAGGUCGGAGCCUGAGACACUACAAGUGUGCUUCUCAAGCAGUCAUUUAGGAGGUGAUGUUCUACAUGCAGGCUCUUCACAGGAGAGCAUCCAGUUCUGCACCCAACCUGAGCUCUUGGCACUCCUGUCAUUUGUUGAAGCUCUGGAGGACAAUGAGGUUGUAACAAUUGAUGGUGUUCAACAAGUAUCUCGCAUACAUGAUCCUAAACAUAGGUCUACUUUUGAGACUGCUUCUCAGCCUAGGAUGGCACAUGUGUGCUGCAUGGAUGCUGAAAACUACAAGUUGUUACCAGUGGGUCAAUUUGAGGAAGACAAUGUCCUCAGAGAGCUGAACAAAGCUCUUCUUGGCUUCAGGCAGUUACCAUAUAAAGAUACUCAGCAAUCUACGAGAAGACUGUCACCCAUUGGUGAAUCAUGUAGUUCUACACCUCCUGAGACUACUUCAGAAAAGCUGCAGAAGCAGGAGACUGCUGUGCCUCAGCCACCACCAACAGCUCCUUCUGCAGCAUCAAAAGAUUUGUUGCGACCGCCAAGCCCAGGAUCACGUCGUGGGCGUUUUAUAGUGCUUGGAUCUUCAGGAGAAUGUUUGCCAAUCACACGGAAUGUUCCACUAACAUUUGGUAGUCACUAUUCCAGCUGUCAGUCUGAGACAGAGUCAGAAGAAUUUCAUAGCGCAUGCACAUCUCUUGACACAGAUGAUACAGAAAGUGAAGGAUGUGCACGCCGCUACAGCUCACAUCUUGAUACUCCUGAAAGACGCCACACAUUUGCUGCACGGCUGCGUGAUGCUCUGUGCCGUGAAGCAGCAAGCAGUACAUGCAGCACAGAUUCAAGUUAUGCAGUUGGAAUCAGUGUCACAGGGUCCAGCGUUGGUGACAAAGACAUAAGGGUAAGAAGAGGUGGAUCAAGAGGAUUCAUGCUACAGGAGGAUUCAAUGGAUGAUAAAUUUUUUAGAGAGUCAUUGCAACAGGAGAAAGAAUGGAUAGACAAAUUUCGAGCAAAGCGAGCUGGUCUUCUUGCUCGGAAAGACACCGGAGAUUCCUCUAAAUACAGCUUCAGUACUGAUUGCAGUUCCGAAAUUGAAGAGCUAUAUGAGCAGUACAGUCGCUGGCUGGAGGAUGCAGGUGUGCCCGAAAACAUCGAUGAGAUUCGGGAGCUGGAUGCUCGAGACAUAGCAGUGGUGCGAUUUGCUGGCAGCCUACUUAAGCGCACACUGAGUGACUCAUUUGCUGGAGUUUCACUGACUGAAGGUGCACAGGGCAUUCCCCUGGAAGGGAGUCGUGCUAAAUUGGCCAUUGUUGCACGAUCUCUCAGCUUGGAACUAGCCAGGCACAAACAUAAGCUUGCUGCUCAGCUUGCAUCAGUGCUUGGAAAAGUUGCAGCUAGCAAUAGUGCUUCUGGAAUACGUGCUGUUUCAACAGGGAACUGGGGUUGUGGUAGCUCCAAAUGUGGAGAUCCUCAGUUGAAACUUGUGAUACAGUGGCUUGCUGCCAGUAUGGCUGGUGUUCCAUGUCUCCAUUAUUAUACUUGUGCCAAUGAUAAUCUGCUUAAGCUGGACACUGUUGUAAGGGUCCUGUUAGACCGCCACUGGACAGUAGGUGAACUUGCUGCUGCCACUCUUCAGUAUGCAGAGGCACUGUUGGACAAGCAUCAUGCAGUGCAUCCCACGAGUAGCCUAUUUGAUGAACUGAUUGGUGUAGAUAAACCACACACCAGUCAAGAGACAAAUCUGUGAUACUUGAAUGUGCCAUUCCAGAUGCAAGAGUAGAUAUACUUAACAACCAAAAGAAUAUUUAUUUGCUGUAUUUAUUCUGGACUUGGUGAAUGAAUUUUGAUGAAAAUGUAUUUAGUGUAUGUGAUUUGGCUCUAAUUGUUAAAAUACCAACUUUUGAGAAAGGUGACUGGUUUUUUAUACUUAUAUCAGUGGAAAAGUUUGCUAUAAAAAUGUAUAAAAUGUAUCUAUUGUUAGUGUACUUAAAUAGCAGAAUGAAACACUACAUGAAACUGCCAUACAGACAAACAUCACUUUUUCAGAGAUGAGUAUGUUUUGUAAAUUACUGAAUAAUAGCAAAUACCAGGGAAAUGAGUUCUUAAGUGUUUCCAGUGAUGUGCAUGUAUACAUGAGCUUCAGAAUUUUCUUUCAGUGAUGCUGUUGUUCCAGAAAGUGAUAGUUAAUGAGCAACAUAAUCUCCACAUGAAAUAUUUCUGCGUACUAUGUUACAGACUUUUUUCUGGCAUAUCUUUCGUAAUGUUUACUUUUAUUUGACAAGAAAAACAUUUUAUACUUAUGAAACAAUUAACAGAUUUUUUUAAGUAUGUGAAACCAUAGUUUUUGGACCAGUUGUACUUAUUCAAAAUAUAUGGAUGUUACUUUUGCUAUAUAGGUGGUGCGUGAAUCAAUCUCCUAAAAUACCAUUCUACCAUUUAAAUAACAACAAGGGGGAACAUCUGUACACAAAAGGCAGGGUGUUUAGUAGGCAUUAUUAUUAUGUCCACUUAUUUUGUUUCACUGGAUUUAUGUCAUUCUUCCAAAUUUACUUUCCACUUGACUAUUGUCCACUAAUAUCACACUUUGUUGAUUUUUUUAAAUUUUAGUUAUAUGUGUUAUAAAUCUUUACAAUACUGAACUUGUCAGUACAUCUGCUUUCAUUGUAGGAGGAUUUUAAAGGUGGUAUUUUACUGUUGUGCUACCAUGAUGACUUUUCCCAAAUAAAUUUUGCACACACAGUGCAAGAGAUGUUGUACUGUUGACAUAA